AAGUCCUCACCCGCCCGCCGGGACUCCGUCUCCCCAGCCCGGGUGGAGGCGCGUCCUGGGGGAUGGGGGGCGCAGCCCUCCUGCUCCUGCUCGCGGUGGCCGCGGCCCCGAGGGAGACCCGGGCGGGCCCCCACUCCCUGAGGUUUUUCCACACCGCGAUGUCCCGGCCCGGCCUCGGGGAGCCCCGCUUCAUCUCCGUGGGCUACGUGGACGACACGCAGGUCGACCACUUCGACAGCGACUCUCCUGGCGGGAGCUUGGAGCCGCGGGCGCCCUGGGCGGGGCAGGUGGGGCAGGAGGAGCAGGAGGAGUGGGACAGGAGGACGCAGAUGCUAAGGGACAUGACACAGUGGUACCGAGAGCAGCUGGACUCCCUGCGCGGCCUCUACAACCAGAGCGAGACCGGGUCUCACACCUUCCAGGGUAUGUAUGGCUGCGACAUGGGGCCCGACGGGCGCCUCCUCCGCGGGUACAGUCAGUUCGCCUACGACGGCACCGAUUUCAUCGCCCUGAACGGGGACCUGCGCUCCUGGACCGCGGUGGACACGGCCGCUCAGAUCACCCGGAGCAAGUGGGAGGCCCAGGGUGAGGCAGAGAGAUUCAAGAACGAUUUGGAGAACAAGGACUUGAGGUGGCUGCUCAGAUUCCUGGAGUCCGGGAAGGAGACUCUGCAGCGCACGGAUCCCCCAAAGACACACGUGACCCACCACCCCACCUCUGAGCAUGAUGUCACCCUGAAGUGCUGGGCCCUGGGCUUCUACCCUGCGGACAUCACCCUGACCUGGCAGCAAGAUGGGGAAGACAUGACCCAUGACACAGAACUGGUGGAGACCAGGCCUGGGGGGGAUGGAACCUUCCAGAAGUGGGCGGCUGUGGUUGUGCCUUCUGGAGAGGAGCAGAGAUACACGUGCCAUGUGCAGCAUGAGGGGCUGCUGGAGCCCCGAGUCCUGAGAUGGGUGCCCCCUUCUCAGUCCUCCUCCCCCACUGCGGGCAUCAUUGCUGGCCUGGUUCUCCUUGGAGCUGUGCUCACUGGAGCUGCCGUGGAUGCAGCUGUGAUGUGGAGGAAGAAGCGCUCAGGUGGAAACGGAGGAAGCUACACUCAGGCUGCAGAGUGGUGUCUGCAGGGUCACGGCACAGAGGGGCUGUCAGCAGCCUGGAGGUGUGAGCAGGCCUGACUGACACGCCUACAGGGAGUGGGGCCCUGGACCCCCAGAAUCAGUCCCCAGGGCUGGUCCUCGAGGGCAGCACAGGCCUUGCUCUGCCCUCCUCUUGGCGCCUAGUAUUGGUGGAGUUGAGGAUGAUGUUCUGGCUCAGGAAAUGGGGGCCUUCUCCAAACAUCUGUCUUCUCUUCAUCUCUCUCCUUCAUCAGCCCGAGUAUGUGUGUUUGAGUCACACCAGCCCUGCACGGACAGGAAAAGGCCCAAAACGAGUAAUUUACUGGUCAGUUAUAGAGUCAACCCCUCUGCAGUUCUACCAGGAGAAAACAGAGACUCUCCCAGCCCCCAGCCAGAGCCCGUGUCACCCACACAGACCUUCUCCCGGCAGUGUCCCCGAUGCUGCCCAUCCUGGCCCACACUUCCUGGUGCCCCCACCACUCCUUUUGGGCCCCAUCCCCUAGUCCCCAUUUUCAUCCUCUGCUCCAUUUCCAGGAGCCUCCCCAUCUUCCAAGUCAUGCCCUGGGAACUCUCCUCUGUCCGUCCCUCAUUCAAGGUGGUGAACUUUAAAAUAUAUAUAUUUAUUUAUUUUCUUAC